GAGAGAGAGAGAGGGGUUCUCAAUCCACCCCCCACAAAAAAAGGUGGUGGAAAAAAAGUAUUUUUUGUACACACUGCGAUGAUGAUGCCUGCAAUCUCCAACAGCUAACACCACCAACACUCCCUAAUUCCCACUCUCCCUUUUUCUCUCUUCCUUCUUCUUCUUCUUCUUUUUUUUUCCCUCUGUUAUUGUUUUUUUGUGAGUUUUGUAGGUUAUUGUACCCAUAAGCAACAAGAGCCAUGGUGAUCAGCCUCUCUGGGUUUUCAUGCAUUUGUGGUGACAUGAACCCAUGAAAAGCUUGUGAGAGAAAGUGAGAGAGAGAGAGAGGCACCAUGGACAAGAAGUGUGGGUGUUGGGCUGUUCUCAGACGCGGUGUUAGUGGUUCCUGCAAGUCCUCUGCUUCUAAAGACUCUGCUAACUCUAUUCCUGGUACCAGUCUUGUCUAUGAUGCAGCAACUGAAACCAGAUAUCUCAAUGCUAGCAAUAGAGACCUCUUGCCCCCUAAUGAAGCCCAACUAUCCUCAGAUACUCCCAAUCCACCACCAUCAGAUGAAAAGCCUACUCGCCAAUUGCUCCAAUUCAGUUUUCAGGAGCUAAAGUCUGCAACCGGGAAUUUCAGACCUGAUAGCAUUCUUGGGGAAGGUGGAUUUGGAUUUGUCUUCAAAGGAUGGAUAGAGGAAAAUGGAACAGCACCAGCGAAACCUGGCUCAGGGAUUACAGUAGCAGUUAAAAGCUUAAAGCCAGAUGGUCUCCAAGGCCAUAGAGAAUGGGUGGCUGAGGUAGACUUUCUUGGACAGCUCCAUCAUCCUAAUCUUGUAAAGCUUAUUGGGUACUGCAUUGAAGAUGAUCAGCGGUUGCUCGUUUAUGAGUUUAUGACUCGUGGGAGUCUUGAGAAUCAUCUCUUCAGAAGGACUAUACCUCUGCCAUGGUCCAAUAGGAUUAAGAUUGCACUUGGUGCAGCAAAAGGGUUGGCUUUUCUCCAUAAUGCUCCAGAACCAGUCAUUUAUAGAGAUUUUAAGACAUCCAACAUCCUGCUUGAUUCGGAAUACACUGCAAAGCUUUCAGAUUUUGGUUUGGCUAAAGCUGGGCCGCAAGGAGACAAGACACAUGUUUCUACCAGGGUUGUUGGAACUUACGGCUAUGCUGCCCCCGAGUAUGUGAUGACAGGACACUUGACCUCUAAAAGCGAUGUUUACAGCUUCGGUGUAGUUUUACUUGAAAUUUUGACAGGAAGAAGAUCAAUGGACAAAAAACGCCCAAGUGGGGAACAAAACCUUGUCUCUUGGGCUAGGCCAUAUUUAACUGACAAGCGAAAACUUUUCCUUCUUGUGGAUCCACGCUUGGAGUUGAAUUACUCUAUCAAAGGGGUACACAAGGUCUCACAGUUGGCUUAUGACUGCCUUAAUAGGGACCCCAAAACCCGGCCUACAAUGGAUGAAGUAGUGAGGGUUCUUACUCCAUUGCAGGAUCUUAAUGACCUUGCUAUCUUGUCCCACCAUGCUCGUUUAUCUCAACAAGCAAGACGCAAGAAGAAACCUGAUCAUCAUGGAAGUCAACAGCAGCUGAUGUUCACUCACUCUAAGAGCAUCAGAGCUUCUCCAUUGAAUACUGGGAAGCAGCAACGUCGAUGAUGCUUAGCCUACUCACUGUUAAAUGAGGUUGUGUGAGAACUAUAUUUUAUGAUUCUAGAACUUUUGGGGUGUUUGUAGAAGGGACAAACUGGAAGAGGAAAUUAGAUUCAUGAGAUCCUUUCCUUUGAAUCCCCUUUGCUUGCAUUAGAGAGCUAACCCUGAUCAAUUUGGAAUGAUCCUCACAAUUUGUCUAUGUUCUCAUAUUUAUGUUGACAUUAGAUUAGACUGCUGAUAAUUUCAGAGAUUGUUAUUUGCAGCUA